AAAAAUAUAUUUUUUACCAGAAAAAAAAAUAAAGUUUUCUGCGUCUCCAUCUCGAUUUUCAAUUUUUAACUGUAUUAAAAUCACCACUAUAUCUGUCACCUUCUCUCGAAAUUCUUACUAGCAAAUCACAUUCCAUACUUGGAAAACCCUUUACUGUGUAAAAGCAAAACCCUUUGUGUGAAAUCUCGUGGGCGAUUUCAGAUGAGUCUGACGGCAGAUUCCCCUGUGCACUCAUCAAGCAGCGAUGAUUUUGCAGCAUUUCUUGAUGCAGAGUUGGACUCUGCUUCUGAUGUAUCACCUGACCUAGACGAAGUAGAAAAUGAAGAAGCAGAGGGAGAGGAGGAGGUGGAAUAUGAUGAAGGACAAGAUGAAGAUGAUGGCAGUGAUGAUGAUGACAAUGAUGAUGAUGAUGACAUAGAUUCUAGCAGGACAAAGAAGCGCAAAGUAGAGUUGAUUGAAGAUGUAGUUGAUCCACCGAGUUCAGUGUCUCGCGGAGCACCAGCAGAAACUUCCGGAGCAUCUUUGGCGCUGGAUGUAUGCACACAUCCUGGUGUCAUGGGAGGGAUGUGUAUACGGUGUGGGCAGAAGGUGGAAGAUGAAUCGGGUGUGGCUUUUGGAUACAUACACAAGAAUUUGAGGCUUGCAGAUGAUGAGAUUGCUCGAUUGCGUGACAAGGACCUGAAGAACCUACUGCGCCACAAAAAACUAUACUUGGUUCUUGAUUUAGACCACACACUUCUGAACUCAACUAGACUUGGAGAUAUUUCAGAAGAAGAAUUAUACUUGAAGGACCAACGAGAAGUACUGCCUGAUGCUGUAAGAACCAACCUUUUCCAAUUGGACCAUAUACACAUGAUGACAAAGCUGAGGCCAUUUGUCCACACCUUCCUGAAAGAAUCCAGUAGCUUAUUUGAGAUGUACAUUUACACGAUGGGUGAACGUCCAUAUGCAUUGGAAAUGGCAGACUUACUUGACCCUGGAGGUAUCUAUUUCCAUUCUAGAGUGAUUGCUCAAUCGGAUUCCACCCAGAGGCAUCAAAAGGGUCUUGAUGUUGUUUUGGGUCAAGAAAGUGCUGUUCUGAUCCUUGAUGAUACUGAAGUGGUAUGGGGAAAGCACAGGGAGAAUCUAAUACUGAUGGAUAGAUAUCAUUUCUUUGCCUCAAGUUGUCGACAAUUUGGUUUAAAAUGUAAAUCACUUUCUGAACUGAAAAGUGAUGAAAAUGAAGCUGAGGGAGCUCUUGCCUCAGUUCUGAAAGUACUGCAGCGUAUCCACAGUCUAUUCUUCGAUGCGGAACGUGGGGACAAUAUUAUGGAGCGAGAUGUUAGGCAGGUGCUGAAAACAGUUAGGAAGGAGAUACUGAUGGGCUGCAAAAUCGUCUUCACUGGGGUAAUUCCCAUACAAUGCCAGCCAGAAAAUCAUUUCUACUGGAAAUUGGCUGAGCAAUUAGGAGCUACAUUCUCCACAGAAGUCGAUGAAUCGGUGACACAUGUAGUCUCCUUGAAUGACAAGACUGAAAAAUCACGUCAGGCAGUGCGGGAGGAGAAAUUUUUGGUCCAUCCAAGGUGGAUUGAAGCUGCUAACUAUUUGUGGCGAAAACCACCUGAAAAGAACUUCCCAGUCACUUCAUAACAAUUUGCUAACAUUGAUUUUGCAUAGGGGAUAACUGAUUUGUAAAUUAUACUAGUAUUCAUACAGGUUUCUUUCACUAACAGAAAUCAUCCGAUGCCCGACCUAGGGAAUCAACCAAAACUUUUGGCUAGUCUUUCUCACAGGAUUCUUGAAUUUUGUCUAAGCAUUUACCAAAUUCAUGUAAUUGUGUGUGGCAUCCUGGAUGCUGAUUUUGCUAGUUUUCACAGUGCUAAAAGUUACUCAUCAGUUCAUUGAACUUGAA